GUACCGCCGUGGGCAGACGCAGCACAUGGAGAUGAGAUUCCGUAUGUAUUUGGCCUACCGAUGAUCGGGCCAACAGAGCUGUUUCCCUGCAACUUCUCCAAGAACGACGUGAUGCUCAGCGCCGUGGUCAUGACCUACUGGACCAACUUCGCCAAAACAGGGGAUCCAAACCAACCUGUCCCCCAGGAUACCAAAUUCAUCCACACCAAGCCCAAUCGCUUUGAAGAGGUGGCAUGGACACGCUACAACCAGAAAGACCAGCUUUACCUCCACAUCGGCCUGAAGCCCCGCGUCAAAGAGCAUUACCGUGCCAACAAGGUCAACUUGUGGUUGGAGCUGGUUCCUCAUCUGCACAGCCUCAAUGAUGUCACCCAGCUCAUCCCCACCACCACCAAGAUCCCUCCACCGGAGUCUACCAACCGCCCCCCGAAGACCAAGCCUAUGGUGACCAAACGCCCCAACCCGACUCCGUUCCCAACCGAGACCCAGGACAGCCACCUCCAGCCACACCUGGUGGACCAGCGCGACUACUCCACCGAGCUGUCGGUGACCAUCGCUGUAGGAGCUUCCCUCCUCUUCCUUAACAUUCUCGCAUUUGCUGCCCUCUACUACAAGAAGGACAAGCGCCGGCACGACGUCCACAGGCGCUGCAGCCCCCAGCGGAGCGCCGCCAAUGACCUGGCUCACACCCAGGAGGAGGAGAUCAUGUCCCUGCAGAUGAAGCAGCACUCGGACCUGGACUGCAGGGGCGUGGGCGACUCUCUGCACCCGCACGACGUGGUGCUGAGGACUGCCUGUCCGCCGGACUACACUCUGGCCAUGAGGCGUUCACCGGACGACAUCCCGCUCAUGACGCCAAACACCAUAACCAUGAUCCCGAGCACCAUGGGGGGGCUCACCUCGCUCCACUCUUUCAACACCUUCCCCAGCAGUGGGCAGAAUAACACCCUUCCCCAUCCGCACCCACACUCACAUUCCACAACCCGGGUAUAGCCCUGUGGAAGCACCCACACAGGCAGGACUCUGACGGCUGAGCCAAAAACGCCAACUGCUGCAGCAGAGACUUAAGGGCGACAUGAUGACUACCGCAGAUAUGUCAGGAGCUGAAAAGCCAGCCUGGAGUUGCUGGGAACCAAUGGAAUCACACUGGGAUUUUACAACACCCUGUUAAUACCUGAGGGAAUAUAGUCAAAGGAUUUCUGGGGGUUUGGACCAGAGGAAAAAAAUAAAAAUAAUGAUGUUUUUUUUGUAGAAAAAUAAAAGACGUACAGAAAAAACUACACAUAAGGAGUCGAAGAAAAACAACCUCACAUGCUAAAACAAAAAGGAGGAUAUUUCUUUUGUAUUGUUAUUUUUCGUUCUGAUAUUUCAGCAAGACAAGGUACAGUAAACUACUUUUUCUUAUAGCGACAGAUAUGGCCUUCGAGGCUUUUUGACAAAUGACUGCUUGACAGUAUUAUCUGGGAGCAGAACAGAGCAUCAGACACGCCUCGGAGGUAAGAAGAGGGGAGUGCUUUGUAAAAGAAAGAAAACACAGUGUUUUUCCUUUGGCAUCGCGCAGCAGAUUACUCUGUUUGCGGGGCGCGGAGUAGAUGAGGUGCAAACCAAUUUAGGCAUGUGUUAACUUCAUAAAUGUAAGAUAAAACAAUUGUUGAAGACAACAAAGGAAGGACUGGGAACUCUGAGGAACAAAAUUAAUCCUAUAUGCACAAUGGAACCAUUUUUUGAGGGGGAGAAAAUGUCACAGAUACUUUUCAGCCAUUUAUUUUUGAAGAAUGGGAACAAUUUUAUUGUAUAGAACCUAUUUACAUAUCUAGAUCUGUACACUAAGCACCAGGCUGUUUAAGCCCUCUUCUCUUAGGUGGGGGGGUGGGCGUCUAUACUGCAAACCUGCCAGCAGGAAUGAACCAGUGGGAAUCGGGGAUCCACCUACUGGCUUCCUGGUAGUUCCAACUUCAACACAGAGAGCUGGGGGACAAAGGAUAAUUGGAUAUUUUAGCACGAUGCGCAUGACAAUUUAUCUGCUUGAUGGCUGCUCUGCUGAUUAUGUCAUUAUUAAGAAUAAUUUUCACCCUCUACCUUGCAUUGGAGCUAUUUCUGACGGAUUUCCUGAUUGGAUUACAGGAAAACAAAGACCCUCGCAGGAACAUGGGAAAUACAGUUCCAAGGUUUGUUGCGAUGAUAGUGGCUCAAG